GAUGGACUUAACAUUUUGUUCUAGGUUUAGAUUUUACGUUUACUCCGCGUACGUGGAGCGGCGCACGGUGGCGCUGGUGCGAGUGAUAGCGGCAACGAAGACCCGCGGCUCGGACGCGGUGGUCUGCCGGCUGUGGCUACCAGACAACAGGACGCUUACGUUGAAAGCGAGGGUCAAGGCGAUCCGAGAGAACUGGAAUCUGAAGUACAGUGCGACAUACGUGCUUUGCCUGCUGCGUGACACAGGCGUGAAACCGCAGGACACGGUAGGGGCGUCAAUAUCCGUGCUAUCAGCGAGUUCGCCGAACCGACCGCCCACUAAUUUGCUCACCGUGCUGGACACGGAACCUAAAAGUGGUAUAGAGGAAACCCUGCACAUAUGCGUGAAACCCUUCCACUUUUCGUACGCUCGGGACGAUUGGUUGAUAGAAUGGUUCGAGCUGAAUCGCCUGUUGGGCGCGAGCCACUUCUACAUGUACAACGAGUCGCUGAGUGCGCCAGUCGGUUGUUUGCUGGACCACUACCGCAAGCAGGGGCUGGUGACGCUUCUGCCGUGGAAGCUGCCAAUCAUAUCAAAAGUUGAAAUAAGGACAGAAGGCCAGUUCGCCGCUUUCAACGAUUGCCUUUACCGGUCGAUGUCGAAAGCUGGCUGGCUACUAGUGAUAGAUGUGGACGAGGUUGUGGUGCCGCGGCGUGAGAGGAAUCUGCCCGCGCUGCUGACAGCCCUCAGGGCGUCCUACAGUCCGCCGUCCAAAGCACCGGCGGCUUUUUUGUUCAGAAACGCAUUCUUUUACUUGCGGUGGGAGGAUGACGCGGAAGCUCCCGCGCCUCUAGUGACUGCGCGCAAAACGCGCAGAUGGGCGACGCCGCACGCGCUCAAGAACCGUAGCAAGUACGCGCUCCGGCCGCGCGACGCCGUCGAGCUGGGAAACCACUUCGUGUGGGAACAUGCGCCUGGUGCCACUUCCGCGGGCGUGCCCACUGAGAGGGCGCUGCUGCAUCACUACAGAAUCGCUUGCGAGUAUGGCGGCGUCAAUUGUUUAACGGUGCCGUCGACAGUGGACCGCACCGCGCACCGGUGGUCCGAAGAACUGUUGCAACGGGUCACACACGAAAGGGAACUACUCACAAGGGCUUGCCCCGCGUAA